CUCCUCACUUCUUCAAACCUCAGUCCUCACAGCUGCUCACGCCUCUCUGCCUUGCAGUAAAAUGGCCACCAUGAAACCCGACCCAGCUAGGCAGGAGCAGCCCCGCGCUCCUGCUGUUCCUGGCAACCGCAAUCUCGACACGCUGCAGAGCAUGCUCAAUCUAGUGUUCCUCUCCAGUGGCCGCUUCGUCAAAGAACACCAUGCUGGCGGUGGCACUGGACGCAUGAAACUGAGCAUGCAGCGUACUGUGCCUGUUGCUACUGAGCGCUUCCACGACGCCCUCGACGAGCUGGAGAACGAGGUCCGCCAAGCGCAAACAGUGCUGCGAAGGGAUCUUGCAUUGAUGAAGCAGGAUCGCAAGAAGCGGGAGGCUGCAGCAAGACAGCAGGAAGUGGACAAGGCCCGACUUGCUGCAGAAUCGAGGCAGAAUGUCCCAGUACAGAAGCUAGACGUAGCAGUGAAGGCAGAGCCCACGACCCCAGCCCAUGUCGCGACACCAUCAAAGGACAGCCAGUCUGUGAAGCCAGCAGAGCCCGAGGAACCCGUUAAGCCUGAGGAGGAACACGUGCCACAACCUAUACCCACCACCACCACCUCCGCGCCCACAGACCUACCCUCAGACGCGUCCCUAGUCGCGCAACCUGCAGAGGCAGAAUUUGACUUUGACGCCAUCUUCGGUGACGAAAUGGACACAUCUGGCGACACCAACAACGACAACACCGACAACAACCAAGACGACAUGAAGAUGGACACGUCCGGCGAUCUAGACUUCACUCUCGACGAAGGACCCUCUCUCCUGCGCGGCCUCGAGGACUUCGCAAAGAGCAGUGACGACGAAAACAACAACAACAAUAACAAUGCCGGCCCAAACGCAGCCAUGGACAUUGACUUUCCCAUGCCCGAUCUCCCAGACCUGAACACCAACACGACUGCACCGCCCGACCCUCCCGCCGCGACUAAGCCUGCUGAGCAACCCGUCACGCAGCCACCAACAACUACCAAUGAUCUUCUGGUCGCGGACAAUCUGGACGACCUGUUCAAUAUGGACGAGUAUGAGAAUCCAGAGAACUCGUCGUUCGAUGACGCCUUUUUCAAUUUCGACAACUAAUGAGUUGGCGUUCUGCUGUCGUCGGAUUUGAGUACAUAUUGCAUGCCACUAUCUAUUAAUUUUGUUUUGGCGCAUGGGGCUUCUCCACGCGAUGAAGUGGAUUUUUGAUAUACCCCGAGAUUUACGCGUGGCGUUUUUUCCACUAUGCCGAUCUAUAUUUUUUAAUUAUCAAUGCUUCUUUCGAACAUCCUCCUACCUCCAUCUCUCUUGGCUAGUCGAACUACCAGAAAUUACAGUGCAGUGAAAUGUUGCAACAGCUUGACGGUGAAACUUAUACGCCAUGGAUGUUGUUAGUACACGCCUGUCAGUGUGUUGUCCGUGUAGUAUGAAGUUCAGUCUUCAGCAUAUUCAAGCUUGUCGUACAAGCAGAUAAACGUAAUACAG